UACUGCACAUUUACAUGUUGACAUGGUAUAAGUAGUGUGUUACCAAAACCUUCCUGCAUGUUUGAUAGGGCAAUCGGUAACACAGGAACACAUGUGAAGUUUCAUUUUAGCAUCUGGAAAGCGCAUUGAGGACUUUAACGUUGAACAGAGGAAUACCACAAUGUCUAAAACACUGCUGUAUUUACUAGACAUUAAAAUUGAUGGAACAUGUUUGGCCAGAUGCAACAGGGAUCCAUUGAUAAAGGUCAUAGAAAAAGUCAAUGACGUUUUAUUGGAGUCCGUGAAGCGGUCAGAAAACCAAAAAGAUGGGGAACCAAAAUGUAGGAUUAUUCAUAAAUUCAAGGUGACUGGUGAGCCUCGAGUUGUAACUGUGGUUGAGACGUCGGAGGGUGAAGUUGAGUUGGAAAAGAUCAUCUCUGAGCUGUCAGCGAUCGGUGUCAUUGACAUUACAUGUACACCCCUCACAGACUAUGAGAUGUUCGCCCAGACUGUAUUAGAUGUGGACCCUGAUCUCUGCAAGCCUGCGCCGCGUACGCUGGGCAAAAAGUACACUCAUUGGAAUGAUUUGACGCUCGACUACCAAGGUAUGACAUGGGAGAAUUUCAAAAUUCUUUGGGCUAAAGAAGCAAGUACAGUCCUUGGCUUAAGGAUAAAGACGGAUGUGAACGUCGACCUGUAUAAGAUCAAGAACUGUCGAAAAGUGAUGGUGCUCAGCAGUGUGGACGACGCAGACGAAACAGAUGCCAUGUUCAGCAAGCUACCACUGUUCGUCGAGAAUGGACACAACGUCGGCAAUGUGUGCAGAGCACUGCAGUCACUCGACGAAUAUAUUAGAAAGAUGUCACAAUAGGCUGACAGAAGUAUUACCAAAGUGAACAAUAUAGUAAAGACUUUUUUUAUGUGAAGUGACAGAUCGCCCUCAGACUUAGUCCACAUGACUGCGUUGUCUAUAAAUGAUAAACUUUUGACAUUCUACGCGACGAUGAGUUACGCUUUUUGUUAACCAAGUCAUUCCUAAAGAAAGUGUUCAACAAUGGUCCCGAAGCACAUACAUUGACAUUCACAGAACGCAGACCUUACCAGUGGCAUGUGAUGAUCAAAAUACAGUUGAAAUGUGACAAAAUGUCACUCAGUUAACGUUACUCCUUAUAAAAAACCUCAUUAAAAAUAACAAAUAUGCUGCAAAUCCAGAAGAAUUUCUUCUUUUCCACAUGUUUGAACUGUUUCAUCAAGGAAUAUCCAUCAUCAUGUUCGAAGACAGAUCGCUCCACCUCAUAGUGAUCGCUUGUGUGUGAUAUGAUCCUUGAGAACGCUGUGUCUAUUGCAUCGCUUGUAUCGAUAACUUUCGGAUUUCCUUAAUGUAUUAUUUGUGUUGUGAAAGUGUAUCUUAGUCAGUACGCCAUUAGUCAGUACGCCAUUUUAUCGCCAGUGCUGUACCAGUAUUAUAAGUAUAAAGUAUUUUGCACAUAAAA